CACGACUGCAAUGUUGCUGGGUACGUCGGAAGGUGAGAGCACUGAUGAGAAGAAUGCCUGCAGGCUACUAGAUCGCAUCGGGCCCAGCGAACGUCCUGAUUUGGAUUAGUGUCAUUCCGCACUCGACUCGCUCAACUCAUCUACCACAUCCCCCAACCACACAUCCCCUCCUUUCUUUUCAUCCCAAUCAUGCCUAAUCCAGGUCCUCAAGGAAACCAUAGAAAGUCGCUCGCGGUCAAACAUCUUGAUGGCGAGCCCCUUUCAAGAGCAGACCUGCAAUAUGACUUUCUUCAUUAUCUAUUCAGCGAUACAAAGGCUGUCUUUACAGAUCCUUUUCCAACCAUUCAUGGGGGACCGCCUGGCACCAAGGUCACUUUCCGUGACCUUUACGUGAAUUCCCUUGUCCAGUCAUCCCGGUGUUCAAAGGUUACAAAGGAGAGGCUUGUAGAGAACCCUCUGUUUGGCGACGAGUUCGCGAAAAUCUCAAUCCUUUCUAAUGUGGGCCGAAUCAAUACUACCAUGGCGUUCUUUCCGGAGAUGCGCACUAAUUUGCGGACGUAUCAUCCUGUUCCGUCUCUGCAAAAGUCGGAUGGAAAUCUGCAGGAUGCCCCUCGCAUCAAAAAUAUCCUCAAGUCUUGUCUUCUACCCACUGAGUCACCAAAUGAACCCUUGACCCCAGCUGAUAUCCUCGCUAAGUCGAGGUCUGGCCAGAUCCCGCCUACCACUGUAGUCAAUCUCAUUUUUGUCUUCGCCGCACAUUCUUCGAUCAUUGCACAAUCCCACUUCGCCUCUCAAACCAACUACGACUUGUUGGAUUUCUUUUGUCCUAUCAACAUAUCGUCUGAGUCGAGAGGACGAGCUUUCCUUUGGCUUUGUUACCAUUAUCUUGAGGGACCAAAUCCCAACCCGUUUGCCGAUGAGUUUGCCCUUGCAAACCCGGGUAAGACACCCCGGCUUCGAAUCCUCUCUGCUGAGGAGACCUUGUUAGAGAACGUUGAUCCUUCCUCGGAGAAAGAGUGGGGUGAACGAAUGACCAUUCAGCGAAGGGAGUUUGUUGCAAACAAGGAUAAGCCUCCUGUUCCUGGCGAAGAAGGGUCUAUUGAGCCGAAACAUAAGGAGAAAGCCAAACCGGCACCCAAGGUCAGAGGUGGAAGGGGCGGUAGGGGCGGUAGAAAGUCCAGACCGGGCCCUCAGAGCGCAUCGACCAGCCAGAAUCGUGAAAUCUUGCCUAGGCUCACUAUGGCCGAUGAGAUGCUUUCUAAUAAUCAAGAUGAACUCAUGUCUGAAGCUUCGGGACCAACUUCACAACCUAUGGCAAUGUCCCCAGUUCAAUCACCUCAUCACAUAGCAGAAAGGGCUCCUUCCCCAGCGCCAUUCUUGGCACCCAUUGGUCUGCGAGCAGCAUCGUUUCCCUCAUCUUCUACCGACGAAUAUUCUUCUCCUGAGCAGUCCCGCGUUCCUUCUCGGCAUACUAGUAGGCUUCCAUCCCCCAUCCCCCGAUUGUACAAUGCUCGGGAGCGAGCAGAGCCGUAUCCUCGCCCUUUAAUUGGUCCCCCAAACGCCAAGGUCCCUUCGACGAGUGGCAAAGCAGUCCGUACCCGCGUUCGCAAGCCUUACAAGAAAUAUCAUUUGCCGCCCGCGUCUCAUCGUGUUUCGCAAUUCCCUCUCGUUCCUGUUCAUCCUCCCAUGCGAAGCCAGAAGUCAGGUUCUCGCCAGGAAAUUUAUCGUGCUGCUACUCCUACUCCUACUCCUCCUCCAGCCCCUCGGCGUUCUAUUGUUGAACAAGCGUUCCAUGCCGUUAUGAACAGCGACCCUCUUGACGAUUCCGAGGACGAUGAACCUCUUGAUGAGAACACCCGCCUUGAUCUUCUUCUCCGCCUCCGAAUCAUCAACAGACUUCGAGGCAAGGAGCCUACCCCCGAACCUGAGCCCAGGCAUAUUUAUUCGCAUCCCAUUCGUUACUGAUCGCUUAACUGUGUUUCCCAACGGACAAAUCCCUGCAGCAUUAAUUCAAGUUUUUGCCAUCACCAUUAAUAUUGAACAAUCCGCAUUCGCCUUUCACUGUCGCAUAAUUUAUCCACGAUUCUUCUUCGGAAGUGUACCAUACUGGGAUGUAUAAUAUAGCUAGUCCGCUAAGUUCGAAUAUAGUUAAUUCGUUGCUUGUGAUUCACCAUGGAGCC